GUGGCUGCAUAACGGGAUUUAAGCGAAGGCGGAAGUAGAUGGCAGCAUAGCUCUUGUCCCGUUAGCUAGCGCCAGGUCCAUCGCCUGAAAACUCCUUGUUCGAGGAGACGCGAAGCCGCCCUGACAACAGACCCACCUAGCGAUUCACUCUGUCUUUACGAGUCGACAACCAUUAAAAAGAAGAAAGCACAGCUCUUUUAGUUUUAGCUAGCUAGCUUUCCGUCUCUCACGGUUUUAUUCAACCCCCGCUAUAGAUUCUUUACCAUGGCGGCGAGUGCGAAGAGAAAACAGGAGGAGAAACACCUGAAGAUGCUGAGAGAAAUGACGAGUUUGCCUCCCAACAGAAAGUGCUUUGACUGCGACCAGCGAGGCCCGACCUACGCCAACAUGACUGUGGGUUCCUUCGUCUGUACCUCCUGCUCUGGCAUCCUACGAGGACUGAAUCCACCCCACAGAGUCAAGUCCAUCUCCAUGACAACCUUCACGCAACAGGAAAUAGAGUUCUUACAGAAACAUGGCAAUGAGGUUUGUAAACAGAUCUGGCUCGGUCUUUAUGAUGACAGAACCUCUUCAGUACCAGACUUCAGAGAACCACAGAAAGUCAAGGAGUUCCUACAAGAUAAAUAUGAGAAAAAGAGAUGGUACGUGCCUCCUGAGCAGGCCAAGGUAGUGGCGUCAGUCCAUGCUUCCAUCUCUGGCUCCUCAAACAGCAGCACCAGCAGCACCCCAGAGGUUAGACCACUCAAGUCCCUGCUGGGGGAGUCAGCACCGUCUCUACACCUCAACAAGCACACCCCACCAAAUCAGUCUCCUGUAGUGAGCCGUGGACAAACCCAGCAGCAGCAGCUCCAUGACAAGAAAUAUGACCUCCUCAGUGACUUGGGUGGUGACAUCUUUGCUGCCCCGCCCAACAUGAAUGCAGGCGCCAGCUCCAGUUUUGCUAACUUUGCACACUUCAACAGCCACACAAUGGCACAGAAUACCAAAGGAGAGACAGACUUUGCUAAUUUUGAUGCAUUCGGGAACACUUCUGGGUCGACAGGUGGUUUUCCCUCUGCACCCCAAGCACCAUUUCAACCCCCAAAUACAGCGUUCACUGUGCUCUCAUCCAGCCGCAGUAUGGGUAGCGCCUCAGGGGGACUAGCAAAUGCCAGUUUUGCAAAUUUUGAGAACUUCCCCAAAUCGUGUAGUGCUGACUUUGGAUCCUUCAGUUCCUCCUCCCAGAGUAACUCCACAGGAGCUGGCAGAGACGUUGUACAGAGUACUAACAUUUCUGCCGAUAAAUACGCAGCCCUGGCUGACCUGGAUAACAUAUUUAGCUCUGCCAAAACAGAGCCAGGAGGUGGUAUUCCUGGUGGGGUGAGCUCAGCAGCAGCAGCAGCAGCAGCAGCAGGAGUGGGUGGUUUGCCUCAGAAACAGCCAGCAGGUGGAGACCGCUAUGCUGCUCUAGCUGAGCUUGAUACAGUCUUCAGCACCUCAGCACCUGCCACCAUUGUUUACAAUACCACCAGCACCUCACAAGGGAGUGUGUUUGGCUCAGAGACGGGGGUGUCAACAGCACAAAUACAGCAGGCUGUGCCCAGCAUGGCUCAGGGUUUUGGAGCACACCCAACCAAUCCAUUUGUAGCUCCUGGUGUUGUCCCAGCAGCAGCUCCAACCAACCCAUUCCAGUGCAAUGGCAGAGCAGCAACUGUUGCAGCUGCAGCAGCACCAUUUGGCACAGGCUCCAUGAGUAUGCCAGCUGGAUUUGGGAAUACUGCAGCCUUCAACCUCCCCACCAGCUUUAGUGGAACGUUCCAGCAACCCUUUCCUGGUCAGGCUCCCUUCCCUCAGCCUCCCGCGUAUCCCCAGCAACCCAACGGUGUGUGUCAUGUAGACAAUAAUGGCUAUGGUGGAGGAUUUCCAGCCUUCGGCCAGGCCAAGUCUGUUGCAACUCCUUUUGGGCAGGCAAUGGCAGGACCUAUGGUCUCUAGCAACCCUUUUCUGGUUAGUCUGGUGGCUAUGUGCUAUAGUCUCCUGGAUCAGUACUGUGCAAAAAUCUUAACUCAUCUUUCAUUUCUUA